AUGGCCGAGGAUGCAUCGGAGAAUCUCGCCUCCCUCGGUCAAUCGGUUUCCUCCUUAGUGCCCUCUUCUUUCUUCUUCCUGCCCUUCAACAGCAAAACUGAACUCCUCUCCUAUUUGAUCCUGUGUGUUGCCAAAAUGCCGUUCAUCCCGCCCGUGUCGAUUGCACGCUCUGUGUCAGGACUGACCGCGAAGGAGAGACCCAUCCGCAACACUUCAUCUACAGCUACUUUGACGAGGGUCCAAAGAGAAGACAAAGGCGGCUCAGUGAAGGAGCGACUGGCUUCAAACCUCAAGCAGCUGGGCCAGAAGAGUCAACCCAGGAGUCAUCUGCCAACUGCCAGAGCAGUGUCAGGGGCAGAGCUGCAUGAAAGGAGGAGGGAGAGAUUGCUGCCUUCAUCACAAACAGACAGCGUACCAGCCUCCAGCUCGGGCGAGUCCCUGUCUAAGACGCAGCAGCACAAACAUGCGAACCAGAGCUCUGUAAAGGGUGAACCCGAGGUGAAGGCGAGGGCCAGGCAUCAGGAGGAGGUCCGCUUCACACUGACUCUCACACCUGAGGCUGUUCUGCUGCUGCAGCGGAGGAACAUCGAGAGACGUCAACAUUUGGCGUCCGGAAACGGAAACGUAAGUGGAGGAGGAGGAGGCCUUUCCGGAAGCGCCUUGGAUUCAAGACGCAGGAGAGAAAACGUCUCUAAGAGGCAUCAACCGGCGACACAGAGAUUCAGCACGCAUAACAGCAGAGCGGCUGCUAAAAACAACAGUGAUGCUGAAUUGGGAGACAUAAGCUCCAUUGUGAAAAUCUCACUUCUGAACGAGCAACAUAAGUAUGACGAUGUGGAGUACGAGGAGGAGGAGGACCACGGUGUGGAUGAGAGCGUGGUGCUGAAAUGCACUGAGUGGCUCCGUGGGUUGGAGAACACUCCAGUGACGGUGGGACACGGCCUGAAUAAGAGUGCAAGCAGUGUGAAAGGUUUCUAA